AUGCUAUGCUGUUGGUUCGGUAAAAGUACAGAGGCACUGGGGAGUCUCCGCAUCCAAGCACACUGUGCUGUGUGUGCUUUGCUGUUGGGAGCCACUCCAUCCAACCAGACUGCUCUGAAAGAUGGAGCCAAAAAUUCCUUGUCUGGUGUUGCCGCCGGGUACAAGCGACGUGUUGCGUGUGCUUUGCCUGCUGCCCCUCACCUGGGGGCCGUCACCUUUAGCCGAGAGACUCGCUUCUAUCCGGAUAGAGCCCGCCCGCGCAAACUGCCGCUAUCUCAAUCCCUCACUGUCAGCAAACAAACACGGCACUGUGAGCGCCCCUGGCGGCUGCGCCCACUAUACAAGGAAAAGCGCCGAGGAUGCACGAUCAAGACGCUGCCAACGGCGGCGAGACCGCUACUGUAUGCUGCCACCAUUUUCCUUUUCUCCGAGUUCAGUUUUGGCCGGUGUCUUCAUCUCAUUCGUAUAUUCCUCUUGUGGUUCCCCACCUAUAAUCCCAUAGCUAGUCUCGAUGUCCCCACGCCGCCAGCGACCACGAUUCCCACUCUAUCCAGCCCAGCGCCACUUCUGAGGCCCGCGAUACCUGGAGCUCGCUCAGCUGGCGCCCGUACACCCAGGCUCGGCCUGGCUAUCCCUCCGUCUCCCAAUGUGAAACCCGUCGGCGGCGCCUCGGGGCGCCCACCCCUCCCAACACUACACCUGGCAACACCUAUGGGCAGUUCUGUGACGCCGCAUGAACAGCCGCCAGGCCGGCCCAGCAUAGUCACACAACAGGGCCAGAGUGCAUCGGGUGGUAGCGAAAGCAGCGCCGCUCACAGUCGUUCAGGCUCUUUCGGACCUCUUGAUGGUCGCACUUCCAACCCCACCAGCGCCGGCUCGCAAUACUCUGCGUUAUCUUUUGCUAGUCACUUUGGCAUAGGGUCUACGCGACCUCAAGGCACCCCCGACCCCGCCUCAGCUGUUGGUUCAAUUUACUCAGAGAGGAGUGAUGGAGGUGCUGGGAUGGAUAAGGAUGGCAACCUGAAAGGGCUGGAGAAUUUCGACAAGCUUACAAUCGACAAGGCGAGGACGGCGGAUGUGGAAGAUCUCGAUGUGGAGGGCUGGAAGAUCGCCAGCAUGGAAAAGCGCAUCGUUGAGCUCGGAGGGCUAGGUGAAGGUGCCGGUGGUGCUGUAACAAGGUGCAAACUGACUGGUGGGAAGACUGUGUUUGCCCUAAAGGUGAUCACGGCCAACCCAGACCCCGAUGUGAAGAAGCAGAUUAUGCGAGAGUUGGAUUUCAACAUCCAAUGCGCUUCAGAGCACAUAUGCAGAUACUAUGGCGCGUUUGAAGACCCAUCUACGGCGACAAUCUCUAUCGCAAUGGAGUUUUGCGAAGGAGGAUCCCUCGACAGCAUCUACAAGGAAGUCAAGAGGCUCGGUGGCCGCACGGGCGAGAAGGUGCUCGGAAAGAUUGCAGAAGGCGUUUUGCGCGGCUUGACUUAUCUCAACUCGAAGAAGAUUAUUCAUCGCGACAUCAAGCCCUCCAAUAUUCUUCUCUGCCGCAAUGGUGACGUCAAGCUCUGUGACUUUGGAGUGUCGGGCGAUUUUGGCACCAAGGGCGAGGCAAACACCUUCAUUGGAACGAGCUACUACAUGGCGCCCGAGCGCAUCACGGGCCAGAGUUACACCAUAACAUCGGACGUCUGGUCAACGGGCGUCACGCUGCUCGAGGUUGCACAACACCGCUUUCCCUUCCCCGCCGACGGCACUGAGAUGGCACCUCGUGCAGGACUCAUUGACCUACUCACGUACAUCGUGCGGCAGCCGAUUCCCAAGCUGAAGGACGAGCCUUCUGCUCAAAUCUCAUGGAGUGAAAACUUCAAAUAUUUCAUAGAGUGCUGCCUGGAGAAGGACCCUCAAAGGAGAGCAAGUCCUUGGAGGAUGCUUGAGCACCCAUGGAUGGUGGAUAUGAAGUCCAAGCGUGUCAACAUGACGCGUUAUCUCGCGCAGGUCUGGGGCUGGGACGACAAGGGCGAGGCCAAGCCUGCGGAGUGA